AUGACGAAGGGUGCUAUAAUGGUGGUAAUGGGUAUUAUUUGUUUGGUGCUGAGCAUGGGUCCUGUAGUGGAAGCAUGGCAUUCCCCUCCACCUCCUUCAUCUUCAUCUUCUCCUUCUCCUCCCCCGCCGCCAGGUACAUCAAGCAGUGGGAAUUCAUCCUACUGUGCGCUAAAUGCACUGCAAUUAGGAUUGUGUGUGGAUUUGCUGGGUGGCCUUGUAAAUAUUACCAUUGGGGAUCCUGUUGUGAACACGUGCUGCCCUGUUCUGGGAGGCGUUUUGGCAUUGGAAGCAGCCCUGUGCUUGUGUACAAUUAUUAGGGUUAAGCUUCUGAACCUGAACAUCAUCCUUCCCAUUGCACUGGAGCUCUUUGUUCAGUGUGGCCUCACCCCUCCCCCUGGAUUUACUUGCCCACCUCUUACUUAG